UGAAAUUCUAAGCCUAAAGAGAAAGAGUAACUACGGUGUUGAAGUGGUAAUAUGAAGAUGGAGAAUGAUAAAUCAGAUGAAAGACAAGGACAUGAGAAUCCUAUUGCUGAAGCAGACACUGAGAGUGGUGCCAGUGUGCCCUUCAUUGUUGAUUUGGGAUUUGAUGAUUCAGUUCUUGAGGCAGAAGCUGACCUAUUGUUUGAAGAUGAAUUCAACUAUGAAAAUGAAGACGAUGAGGAAUUAAAACAUGGUCGAGUACUGCUAGGGAAGUUGGUGACCAAUCAAAAGGGUGUUGGUAAAAGUAAAGGACACAAGUCUACUAACCACAACAUACUUGAAGAAGAUUUAGUUGUGGAGGAAGAUGGACAUGAAACUGAGUAUUUCAGCUCAAGUAAUGAAGGCAGUUACAAGUCUGGAUCACAAUCAUAAGAAGAAGAAGAGCCUGUUAGAAGGAAAAGCAAGUUUCCAAGUUUCAAAACAAAUGACAAAGUUGAGUUCUCAUUAAGAAUGAGCUUUGGAUGCAAAUCUCAAGUGAAAGAGGCAGUGGAUAAAUAUCUCUUCGCUAACAGGGCUUCUUAGAGGGGUGUAGGAGGCUGAUUGAAAUUGAUGGAGCAUUUCUAAAGUCUGAAGUAAAGGGUAAAAUCCUCACAACAGUAGCACGAGAUGCGAACAAUCAGAUGUUCCCUAUUGAUUGGGCAGUUGUGGGUUCUGAGAUUAAAGCUACAUGGAAAUGGUUUCUGGAGAACCUCAGAGAUGAUUUACAUGACAAAGAUGGACAUUUCUUUCAGAUCAAAAGAAGGGAUUGAUGCCAACAUUGUAUGAGACAUUACCUGAUGUUGAACACAGAAGAUGUGCUAGACACAUUUAUGCUUUGUGGAGAAGAUCACAUCCCGGGAUUGAAUUACAAAGGCAGUUUUGGAAGUGUUGUAAAUCUGCAUCAAAGAGAGAGUUUGAGAUGAAUCUAGAGAUUCAGUAUUACCAGUUUAUUUCCCCGCGAAGAGAUUUCCUAGCCUUUCUCUUAGGGAGAUCUAACCGUUCUUUCGGAAAGGAGAAAUCACGUGGAUACCAAAGGUCAAGGAUUAUCACCGCUAGGCUGGAAGAUAUGUAAGUUCUAACUCAGAUCUGUUAUUAUUAUCAUAUUCGUUAUUUUGUCAUAAUCAGGGAAGAUCUGUUUGGGAAAAUUUUAAAUUUCCGCUGCCGUACUUUCGAGGUACGUUACAUCUAUUUCCUAACAGUGGUAUCAGAGACAGACUGAUUUUAAUGACAUCAUACGAAUUUUGUAGAUACUUUGGUGGAACGAAAAUACAUAAUUUUCGGAUUAUGUUUUUGACCAAAGUUUGUUUUUGUUCAAAGUAGUUAUAUUUUGACUUGUGAAAUCAAUUGUGAUUUGAUUUGAGAUGCCGAUUAGGAUGAACUAGAGUUCUACCGGUUUUGAACCAUGAAGUUUUAGAAUUCUUACUAAAGUAGGGAAUAUUUUGUUUUUAAAAAUUAAAAUUGCUGUCUUCUUUUGUGGUUAUUUUUGUUGAUCGAUUUGGAGAUAACAUAGCAUCCAGACCUCUGCGACGAAGUCUGCGGCAUCCUCCCAAAUUAGAGUGGAGAGGUGGUGUUGGGCUUGUUUUCGAAUUUUGCCAAAUUUCUGGGGAAUUCUUUUAUAUGUAUAAACUUGUACAUAUUAUAAAUUGUACUAUCCCUAGAAGUUCAACUCUUUGGACCGGCUAAAUUGGAAUCAGCCUGGACAGUUUUUGUUUUUGCUGUAUUUUUUUUAUGGAUUUUUCAUAUUCCAUUUAAAGAUAAAAUUG